AUGAAUAACUCCCAACGUUUGCAGAGCGAUCAACAGUUAGGUUUGGAUCAUCUGUCCAAUAUGUUACGUUUCGUAGUACUUGCCGUGGCCCUGUGCCAUGUCUCUUUCGCUCAACAAACCAGCGAUCAGAAAACGCUGAUCGAGACCGUCAACAAGAACACCAACCAAUGGGUGGCUGGACCAUAUCCGGUGCCGGUGACUUUCUUCAAAACCGGAGUCAAGAAGCAGAACGGAACCAAGACGCUGCCGAUUAGCUCUUCACAUUUCUUGCGCCAGGCUAACCUAGACAUACCGGAGGAAUUCGACGCUCGCACUCAUUGGCCAAACUGUACCUCGAUCGGUGAUGUCCGCGAUCAGGGAUGCUGUGGCUCGGCUUCCGUUGUUGCUUCCGUUUCUGUCAUGAGCGAUCGCUGGUGUGUCAAUUCGCCAACCAAGGACAAUUUUAACUUCGGAGAGUUUGAGCUGCUGUGCCGCAAGAGAGGACGUGAGAAGGUUUGUAAUGGUGCUGACACGAACGAUGUCUGGCAUUAUUGGAUCGAGAAAGGUUUAGGAAGUGGAGCUCCUUAUGGGCAGAAGGGUGCCUGUCAUUCGUAUCCGUUCACGACCUGCAACGGCUUCGAGGAGCCUAAGGAACCGUAUUGCGUCAACCUUUGCAGGGAUCGCCGAUAUGGACGUUCCUUGUACGGCAUCUGGCAUAGUGAGGAAGCCAUCAAGGCUGAAAUCCUUCGGCACGGACCCGUACUUGCCUCUUUCAAUGUCUACGCCGACUUCUCUAGCUACAAAACUGGUGUCUACAAGCGUGUUACUGGAGCAAUCUCUGGAACUCAUUUGCUCCGGAUCAUUGGCUGGGGGGUUGAGGAUGGCGUCAAGUACUGGCUGGCUGCCAACAGCUGGGGUGCCAACUGGGGAAUCGGUGGCUUCGUGAAGUUUGCCCGUGGUUCCAACGAGUGUGGAAUCGAAUCGAACGUUAUUGCUGGUCUGCCAGACUACGAGAGGCACGAGCGCAGUAACUCGUCCUAUUGA